AUGUCACUCGACCUUGCAUCGAAUUCUCCCCCUACAUUUAAGUUACUUCUGAUUGGUGAUUCAUGUGUUGGCAAAACUUCAUUAUUAAUUCGUUUCAAAGAUGGUAUUUUCCUUAAAGGUAGUUACAUUUCAACUGUUGGCAUCGAUUAUAAGACAAAAGUUGUCAAAGCCAAAGAUCAAUUAGUCCGUUUACAAAUUUGGGAUACAGCUGGACAAGAAAAAUUUCGUAGUUUAACAAAAUCGUAUUAUCGUGAUACAAAUGCUGUCCUACUUGUGUACGAUAUAUGCAAAGUGGAUUCAUUUAAUAAUAUAAAAUCAUGGAUGAGUGAAGUCAAUGCAAAUAUACAAUCGAAUAACAAUAAUAAUGUACAGAUUGUAUUAGUAGGAAAUAAAGUAGAUGAAGAAAGAAAUCGUGUCGUUACUAAAAAAGAAGCUGAACGUUUAGCUAAACAAACUGAUGCGUUGUUCUGGGAGACAAGUGCUAAAACUGGUGCAAAUGUUGAUUCAAUGUUUCAUAGUAUAGCUGAACAUUUACUUGAAACCGACACAUCAUCAUCUACUUAUAAGACUUCACCAACUAGUUUGACACAAAAAUUUGAUAAACUUUCCAAUCAAAGCAACAAUGAUCAUGUAUCGACAAAGUCAACUAAAAAAUUACAAUCAACGAAACAGUUGCGUAAUUGUUGUUCUAUAUAA